GUUCACCGUGUUUGGGGGUUCAGUUGUUCGUCGGGGUCUCUUUAGAACGGUCGCUAUGGAACGGAAAAGCUAUAGUGCGGAAUAUUUUGAAAAAGCUUUAGCCAAAGCUUACGGUUGUGAAAAACUGCGGGUGGAAAAUUUCAAUAUCGAAGUUGUGAGCCAGAGCGGCGAGAACUUUUGCAGCGUUAUCUAUAGAGUGGCCUUAAAGUUCCGCCGAUCGCCCGAUAAUGAUUUGGAAUCUGGAAAAUAUAUACUUAAAGACCUCCUCCCCGGAGUGGCCGAACUGGGCACAAACGAGAAGCAGAUGUAUGAGGAAUUUCUUCCAGAAAUGACAAAGAUUUUAAAUAAAUGUUCGCCGGAAUUCGGGGAACGAAAACUAAGCGCAGAUUGCCUGUUGACUGAAAUCGCUGCCGGAAAAGAAAUAUACCUCCUGGAGGAUUUGUGCGAUUUGGGUUAUUCCUCGUUGGAUCGGUUUCAAGGAGUAGGCCUGAAAGACGCCAAAGUUUGCCUGCGAAAGUUGGCACAGUUUCAUGGCGCUUCGAUGGUUUUGUGCCAAGAGCAACCAGAGUUUGUGGCUAAACUGGCGCCCUCCCACUAUGCUGACGGGGUUUCAGACCACUUUUCAAAGGCCCUCGUCCUUGACGGUGCUGAGUUCACAGCCAAUUAUUUUGCUGAUGAACUGCCAGAAAUUUCAAGGAAAAUGAAAGCCCAAAUACCAGAGGCAUAUGAACAAAUAAUGAAAGACGUUGUCAAUCCGAAAAAUUCAAAACUGAAUGCGAUUGUACAUGGUGAUGUGUGGGUUAAUAAUAUGAUGUUCAACAGGCCUGAUGAAAAAGCAAUACUGGUUGAUUUUCAAAAUUGUUUUUGGGGCAGUCCGGCUGUUGACUUGUACUUUUUCUUCUACACCAGCCUGCGGAUAGACGUUCUACUCCAUCAACAAGAUGAGAUUUUAAGUGACUAUUUUGAACACCUAAUCAAGACCCUCAACUAUUGUGGCUUUGUUGGUGCCUUGCCGACCUUCAGUGAUUUGAAAUACGAGAUGGAACGAUGUUUGCAUUAUGGAUACUACGCUGUGUGCUGUGAACUUCCUAUAUGUUGUGCCUCACCGGAAGCCAGUGCCAAUUUCAAUUUACUUAAUUUAAUGGGUUAUCCAGAGAAGAUGGAGGCGAAACGAAAAGAGUUAUUUAAUUCGGAACGAGUACGUAAAACGGUCAAGACCAGCCUGUUGGAAUUCGAACAGAGAGGAAUACUGGAAAAACAUUAAACAUUUUGUUAUAUUUUGUUAGUUAACUUUGUUGAUUUUACUAAAAAAUAUCUGCAAACACGA